AUGUUUAACUCACAGGGCAUUACUUUGAAAUCUCCUGAUAUUAAAGAUAUUGUUUUUGGUUUUUUUGACACGCCUAAUCAUGACAAUGACGGAAUCCUUCUUAAUUAUAUUGUACUAGAAGGUAAAUAUUUUAUUCAUCGCACCCAGCUAAAUAAGACUUCUCUAUCCUUUAAAUCCUUUUUCGAAAGAAUUAAGAGUACGUUUCAAAUAGUACGUUUCAUAGCCAGAAAGAAUAAUAAACUUGAGAUCCAUUACAACAAAUGGAAACCCCUCCUUCAACUGAUAGAACAAUAGCUGAACUAAUUUAUUAUUUAUAUCAAUAUGCGAUGCCUCUUUUUUUUUGUUUUUGUUCUUUCUUUUUUUUUCUUUUCUUUUCUUUUAUUCUCGUAGUCCAGUGUAGUGGUAUUUUCUUUGUGUAA